UGCAUUUGCAGGAUCGGAUCAAUGAUAACAAGAGCCAAAAAAAGAGAGAGAAAAGAGCGACUCCAAAACGUUUGCACUUCUCUUUCUUUUGCGCCAUGUGAAUGUGAUCGAUGCGAGAGAAUAUCGUAGGAGGUGCACCUGUCUCUGUCUCUUCUCUAAUCCGAAGCCUAAUCUAAUCUCACCUAGCCUGAUUUCAUCUGACUCAUCGCGUCACACGCACCCCUCCGCUCCCGCGGCUCCCGAUCCCAAUCCCAAUCCCACACGGGCAAACAAAACAAAGCUGCUGCCGCUGUUCUUCACCGAUCGGUCAAUCCCGUGGCUGCUCGUCUGCGAUCCUACCCGCAUUGGCUCUCUCUCCGGCGGCGGCGGCGGAUCCGGUUUCGCGAGAGGUAGUUGGUUCCUGCGCGCGAUUAGAGAGCGAAAAGGUCUCAUCUUUGGUCGGAAUUUCCGCGGAAAGCUUCCUGCUGCCGCCCGUGGAGCUGCCGGACGAGCGACCCCUCGCUCCGUGGAUCGUCUUCCUCCUCCUCGCGCGAGCGCCUCCACCGCAGCCUGCAGGGUUAAUGCCCACACCAAGUGCUAAUUAGGUGGAGGAACAGCACACAAGGUCACUCUAGGUUUUCUUGCCUGCCUGCCUGCUGGAAGAGAAAAAAAAAGGGACAUUUGUAUCAGUGGGGUCUUUUGAAUUAUGCUGCUGUAUGAACCAUACUUGUGUGGAACCGCACAAGGCUCCGAAUGUGUCGACGGCUCGCCAGAGGACGAGAUUUGAGUACCACAGUCGAGCAGUGGGGGACAGAGAAGGAACGAGAGGGCAAUGGAAUUGGCUGAGCAGUUGCUCUCCGCGCUCAGGAGCUACGCGCCGCCUCUUUGGGCUACGCUCACCGCGGGGAUUUUCGUCGUCAUCUCGCUCACGCUGUCCCUGUUCUUGCUCUUCAACCAUCUGUCGGCAUACAAGAACCCAGAGGAGCAGAAGUUCCUUGUGGGUGUCAUUCUCAUGGUUCCAUUCUACGCGAUUGAGUCGUACAUAUCAUUGGUGAAUGCACCGAUUAGUGUUGAUAUUGAGAUUCUGAGGGACGGCUAUGAAGCAUUUGCUAUGUACUGUUUUGGACGGUAUCUAGUUGCCUGCUUAGGCGGAGAAGAUAGGACGAUUGAAUUUCUGAAGAAGGAGGGCAGUUCAGGUUCUGAUGCACCACUUUUAGGCCAUGCAUCCGAACAACGAUAUGUAAACCAUCCUUUUCCAAUGAAUUACAUGUUGAACCCGUGGCCCAUAGGCGAAUGGUUCUACGUGAUCGUCAAGUUUGGGCUUGUUCAAUAUAUGAUAAUAAAGACAAUAUGUGCUAUUCUUGCGGUGAUUCUUGAAUCCUUUGGAGUGUACUGUGAAGGAGAGUUUAAGUGGAACUGUGGGUACUCCUACACCGCCAUGGCUCUUAAUUUCAGUCAGUCAUGGGCCUUAUACUGUCUCGUUCAGUUUUACACCGCCAUAAAGGACGAGCUAGCCCAUAUAAAGCCUCUUGCGAAGUUUUUGACCUUCAAGUCUAUUGUGUUCUUAACAUGGUGGCAAGGUGUGGCAAUUGCAUUGCUCUCCAGUUGGGGUUUGUUGAGAGGACCUAUAGCUCAAGAGUUGCAGUUCAAGUCCAGUAUCCAGGACUUCAUUAUCUGCAUAGAGAUGGGUGUUGCUUCUGUUAUCCACCUGUAUGUCUUCCCUGCCAAGCCAUAUGAGCUAAUGGGCGAUCUUUUCACUGGAGAGGUUUCAGUUCUUGGGGACUAUGCUUCAGUGGACUGCCCUCUAGAUCCAGAUGAAGUAAAAGAUAGCGAGCGUCCAACCAAGAUCAGGCUUCCUCAGCCAGAUGAUAAUGUCAGAUGCUCCACCGGCAUAAAAGAAAGCGUCCGUGAUGUUGUACUUGGAGGAGGCGAAUAUAUUGUGAAUGACCUGAAGUUCACGGUGAACCACGCAGUGGAGCCGAUCAACGAGAAGAUCCACAGGAUAUCCCAGAACAUGAAAAAGCACGAAAAAGAGAAGAAGCAAACGAACGACGACAGCUGCAUCGAUUCGCCGCGGUCCUUGCACAGGGUGAUCAGCGGGAUCGACGACCCGCUCCUGAACGGGAGCCUCAGCGACAACAGCGGCCCCAAGAAAGCCCGCAGGCACCGCAGGAGGUCCGGCACAGAGAGCGGCGGGGAGAGCAGUGACCACCACGGCGGCCUAGGCGGGUACGAGAUCCGGGGCCACAGAUGGAUCACAAGGGAGUGAGGAUAUUAGGAAGAGCCCAGUCUGCAACAUGAAUUCAUUUGAAACGCCGGCUGCUUUGGAUCUUCUUCCUUACUGAGUCUUGACUGCUAAAAGGCAGUGAUAUCAGCUAUAAAAACCUUGAUGAUGAAUCUGGAGUCAGUGCAGAAGUAAGAAUCUCCUUGUCAUGAUCCUGCGGACGCGGAGAAUUGAGCCAGCUGUCGAUUCAUUUUGUUCUUUCCAGCUGACAUUUCAGCUUCAUCUUAUGCAGUAGUAUUAAAACAGUACAUAUAGAAGGAUUAAGGGCAAGUGAGGAAAUGAGCAUGGCAGCUAGUUUCAUCCAUGACUGCACCAUCAUUUGUCAAACCUUUAGUACUCCGUAGAUGAAUCUUCUGUAAAGUACCACAGACUUGAAAGAUAUGAAAGAAAUAGUACUACUCUCAAUGUGCUC